AUGCAACCGUUCGUCACAGGUCAUGAAGAAUUAAUUCAUGAUAUAAAAUAUGACUUUUAUGGCAAACAUAUAGCCACUGCGUCAUCUGAUCAGCACAUCAAAGUGUUUGAUUUUGACGCGGCAACCACAUCGUGGAUGUUGAAUGAUCUGUGGAAAGCUCACGAUUCACUGAUUUUGAGAGUAUCUUGGGCUCAUCCCGAGUUUUCAAGCUCGAAAAUACUAGCCUCCUGCUCGUAUGAUAGAACUGUCAAAGUGUGGGAAGAACAGCCCAUGGAGCUACAUGGUUCUGGUAGAAGAUGGACAAGACUAGCUACGUUAGCAAUUGAAUCCUACGGUCCAAUUUAUGACGUCAAGUUUGCCCCAAACCAUCUAGGUUUGAAAUUGGGAUGUAUCGGAAGUGAUGGGAUAUUUAGAAUUUAUGAAUCGUUGGAGCCCAAUGAUUUGACCAAUUGGACAUUAACAACCGAAAUACCGAUACUUAGUCAGCUGCUACCAGCAAAGAGUUUGCAAAGCAGUUUUGCUAUUGAAUGGUGCCCGUCCAAGUUUACCAAAACUGAGAAAUUUAUAGUGGUUGCAUUGGACCAAGGUUUUAUCUACACAAACGUACCAAAAGAUACAGACUCUGGAGAGGAUGCUGGAAGUGAAAAGUAUGUCAAGAUUUGCGACCUACCCGAACAUAACGGUCUAAUAAGAUCAGUUAGCUGGGCUCCAUCUAUGGGUAGAAGCUAUCACCUAAUUGCUACAGGGUGUAAAGAUGGAUAUGUAAGAAUCUUCAAAGCUACCGAAACUUCAACGGUUACGUCUAUGGAAAUGUAA